AUGUCCUGCACGGUCGACCUGGUCGAGGCCGAGGUGUACAACGCGUACGCGUCGCGCGACUUCAACACCGCGAUCAAGGGCCUCGACUACCUCGUGUCCGUCCAGCCAGGCGACCCGCGGUGGCGCGAGUUCCGCGGCGCCGUCCUGAUUGAUGCCAAGCGCUUCACCGAGGGCCUCGCGGACUACAACGCGGCGCUCGAGCUCGUGCGCGACCUCGCGGGCCCCGCGCAGGCGCAGGCGGACGCGACGGGCAAGGUGAACGGCCGGGACGCGCCGGCGGAGCUCGUGCGGGAGAAGUUUGGGUCGACGGAGGCGCGGCUGCUCAGCGGGCGCGCGCUGGCGUACGAGGGGCUCGGGGAGUGGAAGGCCGCGCUGGACGACUACAACGCGGCGCUCGAGGUGGCCGGGCGCGCCGGGUUGCGGCCGGACCCGUUCGUGGUAAACUCGCGCGGGAACGUGAACGCCAGCCUGGAGCGGUGGCAGGACGCCAGGGACGACUACCUGGCCAGCGCGAGGGGGUUCCAGAUGGCCAAGGGGUUCCGGAGUCCGACGGGGAGCACGACGCAGCGUCUCGACGGCGCCAUCUUCGCCUCGAGCAACGCCGCGCUCAUGCUCGCACAACUCGGGGACGAAGCCGGGGCCACCAAGGAGAUGGAACGCAUCGCACGCCGCGCGCCCGGGUCCUCCGACAUGAAGAUCGCGCUGUCGGCGCUGUACUGGUCCCAGGGGCGCGAGCAGGAGGCGGAGGACCUGUGGCGGUUCGCGUGCGAGGAGAUCGUGGUCGGGUGCGAGCAGUACCGCGACAAGCGGUGGCUGCGAGAGGUGCGCCGGUGGCCGCCGCGCAUGGUCGAGCGGAUGAGCGACUUCCUCUCGAUCCGCGGCCCGAAGCCCGGGUCGGGCGCGGCCUCGGGGGCCGGCGCGUGA